GUUGCUGUUACUGUGACGAGGAAUAAACGCGUUCGGCCCACGCGUGGUUCCGGCUGAAACCGGUUUUGUCUAUAAAAAUAAAGACGAGAUAUGGCAAGCCCGGCUGGACCUUUGAAAUGAAGAUGAAUACAUCGCAAAUCAGAGCUCGCCUGUGGAAGUGCUGCGACUUUCGCACGAAAAUGUGCGCAAGAACGACAGCAAAAUGCAAAAAGGAACUUUCUGGAACGGGGGAGGAAGACGAGCGACAAUGCGUGCUACCUCGCGUUGUGCUACUCAAAGCAGAUUUCAGUGGCGUGCUUUGUCCUGGGCAGCUGAAGCCAGAAUCUCUUCACAUCAAAGAGGAAGAAGGGUGUGAAGGGGUUCAUCACAUUAAAGAGGAACCAGAGCACCUUUGCAUCAACGAGGAGGAUCUUGACAAUAAAGAGGAAGAGCAGAAGGAAAUCAUCACGCUUCCAUCGAUGGGUCUCCCUUUGAAAAGCGAAGGGGAUCCAAAUGAGUAUAUCAAAGGGGCGGAGCCUACAAGCAGCAGCGCAAGUCCACACAGGAGAACAGGAAUUUAUGGAGACCACUGUCAAGAAUCCCAAGCAGACACCCUGGUAGCGCCACUAUCAAAUAGUGACGGGGUUCCAUCACACUCUCCUCACACCGAUGAUGAUGGAGAACAGUCUGAAGAUCACGCUAACAACAAAUGCUGGGAAUGUUCUGAUUGUGGGAAAAUAUUAACUUGUAAGGCGAAUUUGCAACAACACAUGAGAAAACACACUGGAGAGAAACCUUUUCACUGCUCAGUGUGCGGUCAAACAUUUUCUCUGAAGAGCACCUUAACCAGUCAUACAAGAACACACACGGGUGAUAAACCGUUUGUGUGCUCCGUUUGUGGUCAAAGAUUUGCUCAGAGAACAACUUUGACAGCACACACAAGAAUCCACACUGGAGAAAAACCUUUUGCCUGUUUAGUUUGUGGGCAAAGAUUCACUCGGAAGGGAGGUUUAAAUGUCCACACAAGAACGCACACUGGCGAGAAACCAUAUGCCUGCUCAUUUUGUGGCAAAAGAUUUUCUGAGAAUGGAACCUUAAAAAGUCACAUGAGAAUCCACACCUGGGAGAAACCUUUUAUCUGUUCUGUUUGUGGUCAAAGAUUCGGUGAGAGGGGAACCUUGACAGUCCAUAUGAGAACACACACGGGGGAGAAACCAUAUGUCUGCUUAGUAUGUGGUCAAAGAUUCUCUCAUAAGAGAACCUUAAUAAGUCACACAAGAAAACACACCGGGGAAAAACUCUACUCCUGCUCAGAGUGUCCAAAACAGUCCCAACAGUGAAGCGUCUUGGUGUGGGGGUUGUUUUCAACUGCAGAGAUAGAUUGACCGGUUGCAACCAAAGGUAAGACAGGAGUAUCCUGGAUGAAAACCUUCUCCAGAGUGCUAAGGACCUCAGACUGGGCUGAAGCUUCUGCUCCCAACAAGACGACGACGCUUUGCACACAGCAAAAAUACCAAAGGAUUGGCUUCAGACCAACUCACACUUCUUGAAUGGCUCAGCCAGAGCCCUGACUUAAACCCAAGUGAGCAUCUUUGUCGAGACCGGAAAAUGGCUGUGCACCAACCUUCAUCAUACAACAUGCAGAACUGGAGAGGAUCCAAAAAUCCAGGUGUGAAAAACAUUGCCUCAUUUCAAAGAAGACUCAAGGGUCUGUCGACUAAUAGCUGUGUGAUGUUUCAGUUUUUCUUUUUUAAUUAAUCUGUAAAAAAAAACAACAACCUGAAAAUUCCAUUCUUUUUCUGUCAAUAUAAAUGUGUAAUGAGGACAAAAAUUAAGGUUAAAAAAUAAUAAUAAAAAUGGGGACGUAGUGGGGAGUGGCAUUGGAAUCCUGCAGCCUGGUCCGGGUGGACAGUUUUCAGGGGUGCCUUGCUGGGGCCGGUGGACUGCCCUGGUUCCCUUGGUAUAGGAUGUGUCCCGUUUAUUGGGUUGCGCUUGGGAGGACUCCUGGUCCUGACACCAGGCCAAGCCCCCCCUCAAAGCUUUCUCAACCACACCUCGUGUGGGUGCACAGUCUCUGCUGACAACAGUCCAACAGGUCUCUCGGAACCCAGACAGAAAAGUUUCACAGUAUUCUAUCUUCCUUUAAUUUGUCCCUAAUCUACGUGUUUUUGGCAUACUUCUGAAAUAAAUACGUUUCUGAUUCUGA